AUGCUCAACUUCUUUAAUGAAACCUUGAUCUAUCAUUGGAGCCACCACAAAAGAGGAUGGCAUUCAUUCCUGCUGGAGUCCCUAUUUCGUUUUUACCUGCGGGCACCUUAUAGGGAAGAUGGCUUGUCAUAUUUCCAUGAAGGGCAGCGAAAUCAGGAGCCUGUUAUAACAGCUUUAUCUUCCCAUAACAGUAACAGGAAAAGCAUAUUUUGUUAGAAGUAUUCCUGCAGUUUCGAUCUGGGAAGCCGUAAGCAUAAGCUACAAUACAAAAGCAAUGCUAAGAAAAAAAAAAUGAGAAGUCACUUGUUGGAAGAAUGUAUUUUUAGUAUCGUCUACACACAACAAAGAGCAGAAAAUCUGCACAGGGUGAAGAAUAACACUCAUCAGUCAUUUUUGUUAUCUUAAAAAAGGGAUGUGAUUAUUUGUUACAAUGAACUUUAACAAUAACUCUGAUUUAUCUCAUAAUUUAGUCACAACAGAUAUGGAUUGCAUUGUGAUUAAUGCUUUUAUGUAAGUGUACUUCUAGUCUUUUGUAAACAGUGAUUCAUUCAGGAAGUGACUGCAUUAUUAGACAAAAGAUAACACUAACUUUUACAUCACAUCUUCCUUGUUAACCUUCUUAGGCAAUGUGAACCAUUUGAUGAAUUUCCAUUUAUUUAAUCAUAGGAAAAAGUUUCAUCAUGUUUGAUAGAUUUAUUGAAAGCAAAGUAAAGAGAACUAAAAUACUCUGUGCUUCAUUAUGUUUUAAAAUAUGUUUAUUUCAAUAGGGAGCCAAACAACAACCAGUUUUACAAUAAAAAGAGUCUCUGUUCCUUUAUAUUUGAAACUAUCCCUGUCUGAUGAAACGACUGAUUUUCGUGCACCUGACAGAAAUUUCAUUUACUGUAUGUUAUCGUUCACUAUAACAGUGAUUAAAUAAUGUAAUUUUUCUCUCUAGCUUUUUCCAGUAACAAAUGUCCAUAACUGAAGUGAAAGUAAAGUAGAGUCCAUGGUCUCGAUCCUUCAUGUUACAGGAAGUAUCAAGAAAGAUGCCAAUUGAGUUUUAAAUUCCCUUUAAAGAAGAAAAGAGUACAGUCCUACAGUUCUCUUCUCUCAAGUGUAAAGCCAACCAGAACUUCAGGAGCAAGAGAUAAUGGCAUGAAUCAAUAUUUUAAGCAACCAUUCAAGAUACUUGUGAACCUUUCUGUUUGAAAGCAUACAGUAACUGUGAAAGAAAUUUGAUUUCUCUUGGGAUAGAGAGGGAUCAAAUAUUUUCAUGGAUGUCAAUAAGUAAAGGAAUGAAUAUUCACAUAUAAAUAAAAUUUCAUGAAAUAUCUCAUUUGCUCAGUAGUAGACAAAUGUUCUUUGGCCAAUUAAAUUUUCAAAGAAUUUGCCAGGCUCUCAUCAAUGCCAGCUUUACAUGCACAAUGUAAAAAGCACUAAGCUGCUGAACCAUAGAAGUAAGCUAAACAGCCCUAAAUUAGCUGAAGAAAGUCACAUGAUGGAAGACAACAACCACUCAAGUGGGGUAAGUUUGUUUUCAUUUUUUCAGGUGGAGAGGUUCAGUGUGUAUUCCCAUACAAAUCCUUACAUUUCACCCAUUGUGCAACAUAACCAUAUUGCAGAAUAAUGAUCAUAGCUUAUUUUGUAACCUAGGGCAAUCAGACAUGUGAGGUCAUAUUUUACUUGUCCAAGUGGAAAAUUUAUGGCCAUCCCAGACAUUCCAAUGGCUCAAGUGUCCUUCCCUCUUUUAGGCCGAAGUUUCUCACAAUACACCUACAUGCAUCUAAAUUAUUUAUAAAAUUCAUAGUCAAGGAAAAAUUUCAUGCUCCAGUGUCUUGAGAGCUAUGCUUAUGCUGUCAUUUGAUGUCAUAAAGGGUGACAGGUUAGUGUGCCUAGCAUGAUAGAAUUUCUCCCUUGUGUAUACCUUGAGGACUUUGGAGAUCCUGCUCCUGAGAGAAACUUUUAUUAUGCUGUUCAGGUGAUAGGUUUCUGUGAAAAGUGA